AUGGGCAGCUUCAGCCUCACGAUUGUGCACCGCAAGACCGAGCAUUCAAUAGACGCCUUGGAGCCAAGCACUGCCCUAUCGGAGCUUCGUCAAGCAAUCGAGGCGCUUACAUUCGUGCCGUUGGACAAGCAGAAGCUGCUCGUGCCUCGGAGCGCAGGCAUUGCAGACUUGAACAGCCAUCAUCAUGGCGAUGCCCAUGCAGACUCACGGACGCUCGCUGACGUCGGAUUCGGCGACAAAACCGAUGUCAAAGUGACAGUACUCGGACCAUCAUCAGAAGAGCUGGAGCGACUGCACCAGAAUGAAGCGGAAAUGCAGAAACGCAAUGCUCCCAGGUCGUACCACCCUAGCAUGCUGCGCGGAACAAAGGCUCGCAACACAACGCAGCCCGGCUCGAGCUUCUCUCCUUUCGGCCCCAUUCAGGCACAUCCGACCACAUCGCCAUCAUCACCGCUCCAUGCCAAGGUCAUCGACUAUCUGACCAGACUCAGCCGAGAUCCUGGCAUCCUACACAUUUGCCAGCUGCACCAGUUUCGCGUUGGCUCACUCACCGAGCUGCUACCAUGGGAACACCCGAACUUGUUAGGUCUCAAUGAGAACGCAGGACAGAGGAUUCUGCUACGCAUUCGCACCGAUAACGCGGAAGGCUUCCGAGACUACAAGACGACACGCAGAGUGCUCGUCCACGAAUUGGCGCACAACAAGGUGGCCGACCAUCCGCCCGAGUUCAAGAUCCUCAACAGCGAACUCAACGCCCAAAUUGAAGCUUUCGAGCGCAAGCAGCAGGAUGGAACGCAUGCACUCGUAGAGGGUGAUGUCUACGAGCCUUCUGCUCCAGCACUCUCGGCUGGUGGUGGCUCCGGCGGCGGUAAUAGGCUCGGAGGAGGCGACCCAUCUCGGAAUGCUGCCAGCGCCGAAGAGCGGCGCGCACAGAUCCUCGCAGCAACCAUGCGUAGGCUUGAACGCGAAGAGCAGGAGAUUGAGCAAAGCUGCGGCAGUGCGGCUGGCGCUGCUUCUCAGAACGGGAGGAGAACGCCCUCCGGGUCUUGA